UUUACGGAAACGGAUGAAUGUUCAACAUUAUAUUUACUAUUUUAUUUCGAAUUAUAACAUAAAAAGAAUAUUUUUAUUUAUUUUAGCCAGUGAACCAAAUGAGUAGAACACAUUUACCGUCCCUUAAACGUGAAAUAUUAGUAUAUUUGAGUCAGAAAUGUUAUUUAAUGAGUAUCCGCAUAAAUUGGAAUUCAUGUAUAACUUUUACUUAAAAUUCGUGUCUGAAAUAUUAGUUUACAUUAGAAAUUUUAUACUUUACAUUGGUGUUUGGUUAAUCAGUUAUUUGUGUGUGUGCUGUGUUGUCUACCGGCGGUACGCGAGGAAAUUGCCAACCAGAAUUCGAGGAGCUCUCGGUGCUAAGAGAGUGCUAUUGGUGAUUGCACACCCAGACGAUGAGUGCAUGUUCUUCGGUCCUACGAUUUUCAGAUUGUGCGAGCAAGGCGCUGAAGUGUACAUACUUUGUUUAUCAAAUGGUAAUUAUGAAGGUAAAGGAAGCCAGCGAAGGAAGGAGUUAUGGGAAGCGUGCCAACACCUUGGAGUGCCAGACACAAAUAUCUGCCUCAUCACAGACUCAAGGCUACUGGACAGUCCGAAAGCUCAGUGGCCUGUUCCUGUCAUAGCAAAGCUUAUAGAGCACAACUUGGAAGCUCUGGACAUAGAUACUCUAGUCACCUUUGAUAGAGGCGGUGUCUCGUCACAUCCCAACCAUUCUGCAGUAUUUUAUGCAGUAGCUUAUAUGUUUGUGGAGAAAAAUAUGCCUAAAAAGUGCACAGUAUACACACUUGAUUCUGUAAACAUACUAAGAAAAUAUUUGGGGUUUUUAGACCUGCCACUAAGUUUUGUACUAUCUUCCAAAAGGUAUUUCUUACGGUGGACGGAGAGCCGUCGCGUGACGCGAGCUAUGAAACGCCACAAAAGCCAAAUGGUCUGGUUCAGGUAUUUGUAUGUAAUAUUCUCCAGGUACAUGGUUAUUAAUACACUUAGAAAAAUCAAUCUUGCCGAUAUUGAAUUGGAAUUAGAGGUUGAUGACUAAAUGGUAAAGGGGUCAGACUCAUCACCGAGAGGUCGUGGUUCGAACCUUUGUUUGCUGGAUUUGUGUCGUACCCACUCCUAACACAGUAUUUGCCUAUUACUUGGAGGGAUGGGAAUAUUGGUCAUGUAAAAAAAUAUAUGCCAAAUAUUCUUUUUAAAAGAAACUGUAAAGUUCUCAAAAAUGUAUGCUGGGGUCUUAAGGUAAGGAAAGACCUCGCAAUCAAACAAUCAAUUCACUAUCUUUGAUGUAUUUGUUGGCUAUUUGACUUAAACAAAAUUGAGAUUCUAUGUAAAAAUGUCAUCCACUGCCUAUUGGUGGAUAUCACACAGUAGGUAAAUGACAUGUCAAUUGAUUUGAUAUUUAUUUUAUAAAUUAUAUAAAGAAUAGGUUGAUAAUAAAGGCCGAAAUAGUGAAUAGGCCAGCGAAAAAGUAAAACAGCUCGCCAUAUUGUAAACAAAAUCUAAACUAUUUUCUUCUUAUAAUAUUGUUAAAAUGAAAAAGUAAUGGCUCCCCUUAACCAAGUUUUUAUAAUUCUAGUCAGGCUAUACUUAUUUCUAUUGAUGACCAUUAUUAUUUAAAAAUAAUUAGAUGAGUAAGUCUCAUUCAGUAAGUCCAACUUGGCUUAAGUUAAGUAACUAGGACUAAAUAUAAAUUGUAUGUACUUUAUGAAAAUUGAAGUAGUUUCAUAAAGUAGAGAUGAAAAACUUAAUAAUUUAUGAACACAUGAAAUUAGAUGUGAUUUGCUUUUAUUAUGAUUAUAGUACUUGUACAGAAUAUAUUUUGUUAUUUUCUCUGUAUAAUGUAAGUAGGUAGGUAGUUCUGGACUUAAUUUUGUUUAAAAUAUAAAUUAUGUCUAGAAGUUUUAAAUAUUAUAAUAUCACAAAUAUUUUAUUCCCUGAAACAUUAUGCCUUUCAGUAGAUUUUGUCCAUGUGUGUACACUAUUAAUUGUAUUUUAAAAAACAAUGUUCAAAUUAGAUUAAGUCAGAAUGAAAAUAUACAUACAAAAAUCAUUAUGAUAAUAUUAUUGUCAAACUAAUAUAAUAAUAAUUAAAUUAUAAAAUAUAUUGAAAAAUGUUUAUAUGUGUUGUGAUUUGAACUUAAUAUUGAUAUCAUUUCUGGCUGUUUACUUACCUCGCACAUUAUUUUCCUUAUUUACAUAUUAAUUAUUGAGUUAUGUAAAAAAAUUAAAAUUUUGAUAACAUUAUCUAUACUAAUAUAAUAAAGAGGUAAGAUUUAAGAUGUUCUAAGGGGUAAUCUCUGGAUCUACUGAACCGAUUUUGAAAAUUAUUUUACCAAUAUUAAGCCAUGUUGUUUGUGAGUGUCAUAUUAUUUACAAAAGAAAAAAUAUGUAGGUAUGAUUGGAUCACCUUACAAUUUGAUUUAGCUUAAAAGUAUUUUUGGAUUUAGACAUUCCACUUUUAUCUCCCCUAAAUACCCUAAUGUUACUUUGAAGUUUAGGUUUGUGACCCUAAUGUUAAGUUAAUAAAAUAAUUUAAGACUUUUUGCA